CGCAUGCUCGUCUGUCCCCUCUCUCUGAAGGCAGCAAGCUCUGGAACUUGGAAACGCAGACAUGGCCAAGAAAAUCAACCUCGCUCUCGCCUCUACGUCGUACGGACAGGAAACGCCAAGAGAGGUGUUCAACUGGAGGAUCUACAUACUCGCCAUCACCUCCUCGAUGGCAGCGCUGGCCUAUGGGUAUGAUCUUGGCUUCAUCGGCACGACACUCGAGCUUGAGAGCUUCAAGGUGGACUUUGAUAUCGUCGAUAGGUCGCAGUCGUAUCGCACCUUCUUCAGCGCCAAUGUCGUCUCCUUCUUUCAGGUCGGUUGCAUCGUCGGAUGCUUCGUCUCUGCCCCAUUCGCCAACUGGUUGGGUCGUCGAACGUCCAUCAUUCUUUACGCCGCGCUGUUCUGCAUCGCCUCGUUGAUCCAAUUUGUUGCGAAGGGACAGGCUGCUGUCGCUCUCAUGUAUACCGGCCGAGUGCUCGGAGGUCUAGCCAUCGGCGCCUGUACCUCCGUUGUGCCCGUAUACAUCGCAGAGGUAGCUCCCGCCGAAAUUCGAGGAAGGCUCGUCGGCAUCUUUGAGAUUGGCGUGCAGCUCGGCACUACAAUUGGCUUCUGGAUCUGCUACGCCGUUCAGCAGACGAUGAAGAGUGACACGGCCCAAUGGCGCGUGCCUGUUGCACUUCAGCUUGUGCCCGGAGGCCUCCUCUUUAUCGGCAUGUGGUUCCUCCCUGAGAGUAUCCGAUGGACAGCCAUGAGGCGCGGGCCAGUCGAAGCUCGACUUCGCCUCUCGCAAGUACGCAAUCUAGCCCAGGAUCACCCGUAUGUGUCUUGGGAGCUUCAAGGCAUUAUUGAUCAAAUUCAGUUUGAAGCACCUUCCGGCCCGUCCAACUGGCUCUCGACCUACCGUGACUGCUUCUCCCGAGGCAUGUUGCCCCGUCUUGUUACCGGCAUGAUUCUCAUGAUCUUCUUUCAAAUGAGCGGCACAAACGCCAUCAACUACUAUUCGCCACGCAUCUACGCCUCGCUCGGCUUCCAUGGCGUCUCAUCGCAAUUUCUUGCAACAGGUAUCUACGGCGUGGUCCGCUUCGUGUGCACGCUUAUCGCAAUGGUGCUCGUCGUUGACCGGCUUGGCCGUCGGACAAUGAUCCUGUUUGGGUCAGUCAGCAUGGGCAUCUGCAUGUGGUACAUCGGCGCAUACCUUUCUAUCGCCCAUCCCGAGCAACACACGGGCACAGGCGACCGUCCCUCGUCGGCCUACAGCGCCAUUGUCUUUAUCUACAUCUACGCCGCCUGCUUCUGUUUCAGCUACGCUGGCGUGCCCUGGAUCUACUGUUCCGAGAUUUUCCCGGCCCGUCUGCGUGUUCACUGCACCUCGCUCACAUCGGCCACGCACUGGGCCUUCAACCUCCUCAUUGCCCGUGCUACGCCGUAUAUGCUCGAGGGCAUCGGCGCGUCGACGUACUUUGUCUUUGCAGCGUGUCUCACCGUCGCUGUCCCGUGGGCCUGGUUCUGCAUGCCAGAGACAAAGGGACUCACGCUCGAGGAGAUGGACGAACUCUGGGGUGGCCCAGCCCAGCUCGAGUCUGCCCACAUCGAUAUUGAGGCGCAGGGCGAGACAAAGCUGACACCGCCUCCGUCACCGUCGGGAGGUCACAAGCACGACAAGGACCAGGACAUCGCCGUCUGUUUCCGCACAGCCACAUUGUAG